AUGGUUAAAGUGGAAAAAGUGCCUGGUAGUGCCAGUGAGCAGGGUACCACUGGUGGUAUAGCGCCUUCAAGAUGUGGAUCGACACAGAACAUGGCUGCGAACGUGAAGGUUGUAGUAAGAGUGCGGCCAAUGAACGAAAAAGAAUUAGACAGACAUUGUCGCAUCGUAGUGGAUGUUGUUGAUGAUAAAUUUUUGGUAUUCGAUCCUAAAGAAAAGGUUCAGCCGUUUUUCUAUCAAGGUGUCCAGCAAUCGAGUAAGGGUUACUUGAAUCGUGGGAAUAAGGAGUUAAAAUUCGUGUUUGAUCAUGUUUGUGGCCAGGAAGCGUGCAAUAAUGAUUUAUUUGAGAUUGCUACGAAGGAUAUGCUUGGCUCUCUGAUGGAGGGUUACAACUGUUCAGUGUUCGCGUAUGGAGCGACAGGCGCUGGGAAGACAUUCACCAUGAUUGGUAACAGUGAAAGUCCGGGUAUAACUUACUUAACCAUGGAACACUUGUUUUACACUAUCAACUCUUUUGAGAAAGACAGAGAGUUUGAUAUUGGUGUUUCUUAUCUUGAGGUAUACAAUGAAAAUGUAUAUGAUCUAAUUAAACCAUCUAAAACACCUCUGCAACUACGUGAAGAUGCAAAGUAUGGAGUAAGAGUAGCAGGGCUUACAAUACACAAUAUUAAAACGGCACGGGAGCUUCUAAACAUGUUGGAGAAUGGUAACAAGAACCGGACACAGCACCCUACUGAUGCUAAUGCCGAGAGUUCGAGAAGUCAUGCAGUUUUCCAGGUGUACAUAAAAAUGAGUUACAAAACAAGCAGUCAAGUUCAAAUAGUGAAACUAUCGAUGAUAGACUUGGCAGGCAGCGAGCGCGCCUCCGCCACAGGGUGCGUCGGGGAGCGUUUCAAGGAAGGUGCUAAUAUCAACAAAAGUCUUUUAUCUCUGGCCAAUUGCAUUAACAAACUUUCAGAUGGAAGCAGUUAUAUACCUUACAGAGAUUCAAAACUAACGCGCCUUUUAAAAGACAGUCUGGGAGGAAAUUGCAAAACGGUGAUGAUUGCCAAUGUAUCCCCUGCCAGCAGCAGCUACGAAGACACAUACAACACUUUGAAGUAUGCAGCAAGAGCUAAUAAAAUUCAGUUGUCAAUUAAAAAGAAUAUUGUUGAUGCGGACGUGAGGGCCUCACAGUACGUUAAGAUUAAUGAGGAGUUAAAGAAGAAAGUGAAGGAACUACAGGCUAAGCUUUGUCUGUCGAGCAUCAAAGUUGAUCCCGCUAAAGACGAAUUGCGACAAGAGUGGCGCCAGCGCCUGGCGGAGGUGGACGCAGCAGUGUCCGCCCUGGAGACGAGCCUGCUGGGCCUGAUGACGCGCAAGCGCGUGCUGGCGCUGCGCCACCGCCUGCGCACGCGCGCCUUCUCGCACGUGGCCGACCUCGCGCACCGCUCUUCCACCGAGGCCGUUGAACAGAUGUGCGUAGAAGACAUACCACGACAAGAGAGAGCUGUAGAGAGCUAUACCAAACAAGCAUUGCUAUUAGACGCCAAAAUAAUGUCAGUCAGGUCCAAGUGGGAGAACAGCCGCCAAGAAUUCAAUGAUAUCAUAAACCAAGCACUGAAAGAGUGCCCAGAAAUACAGGACUUCGUUGAUAAACUACAAGUGCAGAGGGAACUUCGAUAUGUGCAAGCCAGCAACGAGUUAAGGCACAAACUUUUGCUAAUAGAGAAUGAAGAAAUCAACGCGUUUACUGAGUACAUGAGUGGAAUGCCAAAUAUGUUGAAGAAACUGUAUUUGACUUUGAAAGGCUACGAAAGAGUGACGCCGGCACUUACACAAGAAUAUUUAGAUAUUAUGAAAAAAGCAAAGUCUGCUAAAGGAAUCUCGUGGUCCGACGAAAAGUUCAAUGCGGAUUCUGAUUUCAAAGGCAUUUGUAGUCUCGACUUAGAAAGGCCAGUUAUGCUCGACUAUGGCGCAUUAAAAUGUGACACGACCAUUGACAUCGCUACGGACAGCGAAGACUUGACAGAUGUUGAAAAUCGCGACCCAAUCAGAUUAUCGGGCAAGAAGCGCAAAGGCACACCUAUAAAACUACUAAACAAUGAAACAAUAAUAAUCAAUGACACUUUAGAAAAUCUGGAUACGACAAAAACGAUGAGCGCAUCAAAGAAAGUAAAGAGAGAGAUUGAUACAUUAUGUGAUGUUGAGAACUGUGGACUUAUACAACCAAAGGACUUGAAUUCAACGUUCGAUAUGGCCGGAAACAUGGAGGCGUUGAAACGAUCAUUUAAAGCUGAUGUGAAAGCACCGAGUCAACCAGCAAAGAAAGAGCUUUCCGAUAAAAGCAACACUAUGACACGAAGUAUCAACUUUAAUGAUAAAAUCGUCAAGCCGCCGUGUAAGCCACUGCAGCAGCGUCGGGCGCCGGGAGGCGGCGGAGCGCCCCCCGCGCCCCGCACCGGCUUCGGUUCCAGCCUCGCUCGCGACGGGACCCCGUUUAACAGAAACGUGCAGCAAGAAGGUCGUAAGGCCAAUUUCACUCAAAGGUCGGUUGGUUUAAAAGCAGUUCGCGCGCGUGAGAGGGCCCCAACGCAUCCGUACUCGAGACCUGCUCCGCUUCUGCAGAGAACCACAACACUCAGAUAAUGGACUUAGGAAUUUGUAUAAGAGAAUAUAGUGUAAGAAAAACCUUUGUGAAGACAGUAUUGAAACGUGAAAGUAUGUAAGUUACAAAUACGACGUUAAUUAACAAAUCGAUACUUCGGGGAGGAAAAGUCGCAAAAGUUAAUUUUAUCAAAAAUGAGUUGUUUAUGUAAUUGGGUUUAAUUUUCAUGGCCUUUCAGUCUGGUUUUUUUUAGGUAAUCACAGUCAUUAAACAAAAAGGAUAUGAACUAAAACGUAAAUUGAAUGUUGUUUGCUCGUUUUGUAUACUUGGCAGUUUGGUAUUUACUCCCUUUCUUCCCUGAAGUGUCGAAAUGUUGAGUUAUUGACUCUGGGUAUAAGUUUGGUUAGGUUUCUUUUAGUUACACGCGUGUGUUGAGUGCACUUGGUAAGAAAGAUUAGUUCACCUCUCGUCAACUUCAUUUACACUAAGACGUAUAUUAUUUCAAUACACAAAUUUAUUUUGCUUGAUUGGUUAUGACUUUUGGAGUACAAGGUCAAUAUACUAUUGUAAAUGUAUACUUGUAUUUUCUACUGUGUGUACGUAUGUUACGAUUGAUCUAAAUUAUAAGUAUUAUAAAUACUGUUAUUUAUAGAUUGGUUUCUGAAAUCUAGUGAAAGAUGGAUUCAACAAUGAUAAUGUAAUGUGCUAGAUAACCACACCAAUUGCCUGGUUUCAAAUUAGGGAAUGCCCUGUACUAGGGAAUAUUCCCUACACACUCCUUUAGAAAAGCAAAUUGCUCCUGCCGGGAAUCGAACCCGGGAUGCAUCCAGCACCCAUAAUAGAAACUAUUGUGCCACAGAGGUCGUAAAAUAUAAUAUUACGUAUAAUAAUUCUAAACAUUUGACUGUAUAUUUGUCUGACUGACUGAAUAGACUUAAAUGUGUGAUUGAUAUUAUGUGGCUGAUAUGGCGAAUACUUAUUUAGUGUUCUGACAUUUUAAAAUGGUAUGGCCAUAGUUUCGGGAAACAAUGGACGAGCUCGGUGGCCGUGUAGAGUUCCCGAACGAGGAAGCGAACUUUUUUAAAUUAAUUUUGGUCUGCAGUGAGUUUCAUAGUACAGGGAAUUGCCUAGUCGCCAGGUAACAUUGUUAUUAUUAAAAUAACAAAUAUUACAACUUUCAUUUUAAACAAAUGUUUUUCUACAUUCUGUAAAGCUAUUUUAAGUUUUUUUUAUUAAUUUCUGGAUAUCCCAUAAUAUGUCUGCAUUAUUCAGUUAACCCUUAUAAGUUUUCAGCUACUAUUUGAUUGCUAAAUAACUAUGAGCGGUUAUCAUGGUGAUUUUUAGCAGCGUGUCUGCAGCGAUCCAGUUGUGAUGCAGUUGCUAAUUGACUACCUUUACAUACACACGCGACUUAAGUAGCGAUAGAAUCGCGAUGUAAACACGAUGUAAACGCGAUGCACGUGUGAUGGCAUGCAAUCGCAUGUUGGGCAAUUGGGCAAGUGUUGCUAUACAAUCGCGCGUUUGGUUGUAUCGCUGCUAAAAGUCACCGAGUGUAGUAACCGCUAUGUAAUAUAUCACUAUAUAAUGUAUGAAUAUGCACUUGAUACGCGUAUCAAAAAAAGACCAAAAAAUUCCGUCUUAACCCAUUAGUGCCCGCCGACACUAGUUUAAGUACGCGUAAUUUUUUUAUACUACUAUUAAUAUUCAUUACAAAAGUGUAUAUGUGACGUAAAACAGUUAAUCUUGAUGUUGUUACUUUAAAAAAUUGUAAAAAGUGGUUCUACUGUUCUUUUUUGCGGGAUUAAUUUACGUAAAAAUUGAUUGGAGUAAUUUAUUCUCUAUACUCAAUUAAAAAUUGGAGUAAUUUAUUUGGUUUUCAUGUAUGAGUUAUUUUUAAGUAAAUAAUGGCACAACGGAUAUUACGCGUAUAUAAACUUUACUU